CACUUACUUUCAUUCUCCAAGAUGGCGACACUGACAGUCUCCCGGCCACCAGUCGGCGGUUUCAAUUUUGAAAACUGCAAAAGGAAUGCAGUUUUGGAAGGUGAGGUAACAAAGUUGGGAUGCAGUUUACCUGCUGCUCGGAAAACCGGAACUACCAUCUGUGGCGUCGUCUUCAAGGAUGGCGUUGUCUUGGGAGCAGACACCAGAGCCACAGAGGGCAUGAUAGUUGCAGACAAGAACUGCUCCAAGAUCCACUACAUCUCCCCCAACAUUUACUGUUGUGGAGCAGGAACAGCUGCAGACACAGAGAUGACCACUCAGAUAAUCUCCUCAAACCUGGAGCUGCACUCCCUCUCCACGGGCAGGCUGCCACGCGUGGCCACCGCUAACCGCAUGCUCAAACAAAUGCUUUUCAGGUAUCAGGGCUACAUUGGGGCUGCUCUGGUUUUGGGUGGAGUGGAUUGUAAUGGUCCUCACCUUUACAGCAUCUACCCUCAUGGUUCCACUGAUAAGCUGCCCUACGUCACCAUGGGUUCUGGCUCUCUGGCUGCCAUGGCAGUAUUUGAGGACCGCUUUAAACCGGACAUGGAGGAAGCUGAUGCCAAGCUGCUGGUGCGCGACGCCAUCGCCGCAGGUAUCUUCAAUGACCUGGGCUCUGGAAGUAACAUUGACCUGUGUGUCAUUACCAAGGGCAAUGUGGACUACAUCCGGCCCCACGACGAGGCCAACAAGAAGGGGGUCAGAACUGGUGACUACAAGUAUAAAAGAGGGACCACCAGUGUGCUGACAAAGGUGGUGACCCCACUGAACCUGGAGGUGAUGGAUGAAUCUGUACAGACUAUGGAUACAUCUUAAAAUAUGUGUAAACUGUGCAGAAAGCAUAUUUGUAUUGGAAAUUCUUGUAGUACAAUAAAAACAAUUUGACUCGACAGACGCGUCAAGUUUUAAAAGCA